GUUCACUGUCCAGUUCGUUUUUCUCCGUCGUCGAGUUACGUUGUGCUGUGGCUUUUCAUACAAAAUGAUAAAGCGUUCGCGUAUCAAAUAUUUCUCCAUCCAUUAAUAUAAUCGCUGAAAAAUAAGAAUUCGAUCGACAACCGAAAGAAAACAGUAUUGCCGUACAAUUCUUAAUAGAGUUUGCCGUCUGCAGUUGUACGUACGACGGAUCAUUGUGAAUGUCCUGUAUAGUAAAGUGCAACCAAAGUUGAUGACAGUGAAUUGGGAAAUUUUUCAGAUUUUCCACCCAACUGGAGAAAAAGUUUUGGAAGAGGCUGCUGGUGGAUGGUUGAUCGGAUGUUAAAAAGAGAAAGCAUAAACUCGUGUUGAAGGUGUUCCUUAUUCGCCAGAAGAAGAGAAAAGUAGUGCGUGGUGAAAGAGUUGAUUGCGAAACAAGUGUUGGUGGCAGUUCUCGAUUUAUUGGUGUAUGAGUGCCUGGAAUUUGAUAGCUCUGUUGGCUGGCCAUCGUCUGGCUGCUUCGUGUUCCAUCCGUGGUUCCAUCAUUAGCAUUUCCCGAAAAGUAAAUUUAUUUGAUUUUGGUGAAAAUUGUUUGCAUAUUUGCGUGAAGGGUAGAGCAACUUCUAUUCUGGUUAUCGCUGGAUGCAAUCCGUGCCGGAAUUGUAGCUGUACUAAUCGAACAUAGACGUAGAUUGCACAAGUGGACAAUGGAAAGCAAUUAAUAGGUCAGUAGCAUCCUUUGGCCACUGAAAUCGGAAAACGUAUCGCAAAUAGACAUGGAGGAAUGCAUUGGGCAGCUGUAGACCUUAAGAUGAUAGAAGUAAUUUAGUAAAGCGCGCGCGAGAGAAAGAAUCGAUUCCGUACCCAAAGUUAGUUCCAUUACGACAAUGAUGUGAUGCGAACACCCGUUAGCCAAUCAGAUCGUAACGAUGGAGACUGGUGAUACGGCAACCCUGCCCCUGGGUACCGCGGCACCUGCCCUUGUACGUCCAAACACAUUGCUGCCGCCCGAGAAAGAACCGGUACAUUUCCAAAUAAAUCUCAUUGGAGCGCCACCCGAAGUAGAACAGUUGAUCGAGCAUAUCAAGGCCGUUGCCGAGCAGUUUCUGUACCACUGGAAAACUUUCCCUAUCAAUUUGCCCACUCCACUCUCAACCAGUCCAGGAGGUGGUGUCGGCAAUGGCGGAGGAGAAGGCGGGGGAACGGUGGGCAGGAUAGGCGUUGCUAGCAACAACAAUACAAACAGCACCAAUCGGAAGUUACGCCCGAUCAAUCUGCGUGAUCUUUUCAUUGCACCGCCGUUCGACGAGCUGGAUGCAGUCGCGGCAGAUGGCACGGGCGAGCCGCGACUACUCAACAACACUCAACUGCGCUCGUUGCGUGAAAGAGGCUUACAAAAGGACAAAUUUGGCAAACCGAAGAAAUUAAAUUUGGAACAAUUGGAAUCGAUACAGUUGACAGGUGAGUUCGAGGUACCCAGCUUGAACUUUCCCGGUCAAAUGCACCGCUGGCGGUUGUCGCAGUUUCUGCAGAAAGGCUCGGAACGAACGCGCGAUUCGUUGCUCGGUGAUCUGGCCAUGUCGGCGCGAUUCUUAGUCAUUAGCGCCAAGGGACGAUUAUUUGGCCACUUCUUUUCGGUUGCUCAUGCUGUUCACGCUUUGUUGCAGGGACUAAUUAAGUUGGUCGAUAUGGUGAUCGGCGUUCCAUCGCUGUUGGCGCAAAAUCUAGAUAAUAAGAUUAAGGAAGAACGAUGCCGUUUUUUGGUAGCUGAGCUAGUUUGUAGAAGUGAGUACGAAGACUGUUUGGAUGCUCUUUGCAGUUAUGUACGGCAUCAACUCCGCCGAGCCACUAUGGAAAAGUUCGACGUUAAUUGUCAGCAAGCCCAGCCGGUACCGUACUUGUACGUUACUCCGAAAGGGCAGGAUAUUGAUUUGCGGCUAUUUUCGAAGGAUAUUAUGCGAAAAGCACUGCCCAUAUUGGUAGGAAUUUUGGAAAAGGAAACUCGCGGAUGGUUUCUGCAUUUCCGCGAACGUUUGAUAGCUGAAAUGCGGGAACGCAAAAUGACGGAUGCUGAAAUUGAAGAGGAGGUGAACGAGGCCGUUAUGAAGGAAUAUCUGCAGCGGGUGUACACAUCGAUAUUGUCUAAUUGUGAUUUGGUCGAUUUGGGAGAAAACGUACCGCAACUAUUGGUGCAGCAAGCACAAUCGGUUGUCAUCAUGCACAAAGCUGUCGACAAAAUACAAAAAGAGUUGAAGAAAUCUCGCGACGAACAUCGGAAACUUCUGCAGGAACAACAUCCCGUACUAUCGCGCAUAUCUCCCUGGUUGCGAGCCAAGCUUGAGGCCGGAGAACAAUCUAAACUCUCCAAAAUCACUUGGGGUGCACACGAGGAAGCAUUGAAAAUAGCACAGAAACACAACCUACACCAAUCGGUGUAUUUUCUCACCCGUGAUAUGGCAUUCAUGAAGGAGCGGGAGCCGGUUCUCUUGAAAGAAUUGAAGAACGCUAAAACGCCCACGCGCAACUUCCAGUGGGCUUGUAGAAUAUGGUCACCUAAGUCGUGGAUCAUUCGGCGUAGCUUCCAAGGACAUUCGGAAGUAAUACCAACGGUCAUAACACAGCAGGCCACGUCAAUAGUUACCCCACGAUCGGAUCCUAGUCAGCCAGUAUUCCUUGUGGAGAAGGAACUGGUACGCUCUACAAGCACACGUUGGCCAAUGUGGCGUCUGUUGAAUCUUUUUCAGCGUACAUGGACAUGGACUUGGAAUAUGAUGUUUCUACUCGGUGUCAUUGUGCCCUGGUGUAGUCCACUGGGGCUACGAGCUCUCUUUUGUGUUAAACCUUUCAUGGCGGAUUUGGAACUGUCUCAGGUGAAUGGAACUCUUUUUCCGAGAAAAACCAGCAUCACACAAACCAUGUGUUCAAGGUUGGUAGAAUUGUGGCGGCACAUCUCGAAAGCCCGAACACAUUUCGAAACUGAACCGGACACCGGCUUCAUUGGAAAAGGCAUGACAAGGCAUCUCAAUCGGCUGUACAAUUAUUUCAUAAAGGGUUUUCUUGGAUCUUUAUUGAUAAUGACCCUAUUUCCACUGUUGUGUGUUAGUGUGAGUAUCAGUAGCAUAGCUUUUGCCAUUGCUGCCCCGCUGUGGAUGCCUUUCAUUACCGUCACAUUGCAUAUCUACAUGAUGAUGAUCUACGAUUUGGAUUGCCCAGAUGAAAGCCGUCGGAAUCGGUACUGCAUCUUGAUGGAGGCUGUCGGAUGGAACAUUGUGAUGCAGGGAAUGGUUCAACCUGUCGCUGCACUCAUUGUGGCGUCUUUUAUUUGUCCUAUAGUGUCGGUGAUAGUUCUAUUUGUAGGAGUUGCGCGAUACUGGCUUCGGCUUUUUUGGGAUGCCAUUACGUUUCAUUUGUUCAUUAAGAAAUGUGGACGCGUUCCAGCUAGCGAUAGUUUUGCUGUUAAGCGUAUCGCUGGACCUGGUUUGGCUUUGGAUUACUACUUCUCCGUGAAACCCGAACAGGCUCUUGCAGCUUUCGAAGCAAAGAUGGAGCUGGACGAGCUACAGGCUUAUCAACACUCGAUGGAAACCGUCAUUUGUCAACCACAAAAAGAUUUCAGUCAAUUUGUGGAGGCAUGCUUUGGUCCGUUUUCGGCGCAAUUAUCGAAAACCGUCGGUCCUUACCGACAAUUGGAACGUGAAGGACAUGACUUGAUGACAUCUUUGCAUGAAAAGUUGGAGAAACGGCGUAGAGAUCUUCAAACUGGAUUGACGACUGCAGUCAAGUCAAGAAUUAAGCUGAAUACAAUGGAGCUGAAGAUCGUUAUCCAGCAGUCGGCUUACAUGUUGGAGAAGUUUUAUCCAGCUCAUGUUAUAGCGCGUCUGUCGAUUAGCGAGGAUGAGUUUUGGGAUGCCAAAGGUCUAUCUGUUGGCGACUGGGCUGGUCUAGCAGGAAUGUUGUACGCUGAUAUAUUCAGCUUGGAUUUUCUUACUCCAUUGUCGGAGAAUGAAACACAGUUUAAGCUGGAACCUCACACGCAAUUGGAUCUAUCCCGUUACACUGAAAUGGUACAAAAUACUAGUGAUAUAAUGGGCAUUAAUGGGCCAGAUCUAUUGGGAAAUGUUUAUGCUCCGCGUGGCAAUAUCCAAGUUCAUUCACCAUACUUGGAAGUUUCUGCUUUCAAUCCUCGAUCGCGAGUGAUGAUCAAUUCCAGAAGAGCCGAAAAAAGAAACGACACUUCUUCUGGCUUGACUACGCCGCGUGUGAGAGCUAGGCGUUCUCCAAUACCGACGCAUAAGUCACAAAACAGCUGGAAACCGUGGAAACGAAAACAGGUGAAAAAACACGUCGCAGAUAAACUGCUGAUUCCACUUCCGAUACCACACCCCGUUCAUAUAGCCAUAUCAAUCUAUAAUCGCGAUUCGGAUCAUCCCAUUCCCGUCGAAUCGGAUAUAUGCUGGGAUAUACUACGCUCGAUAGAAGAAUGCCAGGGAGAUUUGGAAGCGAUAGUCCGUUUUAGAGAAUCCGGAGGCGAUGGAAAUCGUUCGGUGGGUAUAAGCGUAGAUGGACUGGCAGCAAUUGAUUCCAGCAUUGAUUCUCUGGAUUCGAGCUCAUCCAAUUCUGGGACCAAAGACAGCAUGGACAUGAUAGCCGGCGCCAGUGAAACUUUACCGUGCACGAACCGAGAGGUAACGAUUAUAAUGCCAUCGACGACUCUUGGUGAAAUGGAUAAUUCUGUUGCAACUGCCGAGCAUGAAAGCGAAGAUGCCCCCGGUGAACAAACACCUUCUGCUCCUACCCAUUUCCAUUGGACUUUGAGAAACUGGGGAGGGGCAAAUGGAAACCAAUCGGUAGUUGCAAAUCGUCGACGAAACACCAGUUACACAUACAGCAGUAGCACAAGCGGCGGACCAGGUAAUAUCAAUAGUGCUAGCACUAACUCUCAGAAUGAUGCUCAAUUAGAGCAAAUUAGGGUGGAUUUGGCCAGCCCGGAAGAUAUCUCGCUAGAUACUGAUAGUUCUCGAGCCGUUUUUAGUGCUGCUUAUGGAACAACUGUUUGAAUAUUGGUUCACUUAUGCGAAAAGCUAAUUGUGUAUUUGUGAUAGAAAAAGUUACAGAUCUACUUUUUUAACUUCAGUUCAAUCCAGUAUAUAUGGAAAACGUUCAAAUGCCCUAAGCAUUCACCAACAUUUCCAUUCUUUUUCAUUGUUUUUGUUUUAUUUAAAAUUUUAAAUAGAAUGUUUGUUUUAAUAUCUUUAUGAGCAAAGUCAUUUUUAUUACAUUUUAAACGCUACACAUUAAGCGCAUCUAGUCUAUCGUAUAAUCACAAAAAUAUUCAUUCAGUUUUGAAUAUUUUGUUUAUUUUUGGUUUAACAUAUUUUCCGAAACAUAAUUCCGUGUGCUUAAACAACAGACGGAUCUAUAUUUUGCAAAAAAAAAACAUAUUUAAACUAUUUAUGCUGAUCUGUUCGCCGUAAAGCGAUAGACACAAUAUAUUUACAGACCAUUUGAAAGUGUCUCAAACGCUCGAUGUUCUUGAGAAUGCAUCUUGAUAACGAGAUGGCAUUUAUAAUUUGAUGUGAACCAAAUCAUGUAACGAUAGGCUAAAAUGAAACUCGUAUAAUAUUAACGUAUGGAAAAAACAUAGAUUUUUAUAUAUUUAGCAAAUAAAAACAGUUGAUCUGCCCUUAAUAUUAAGUAGAAUUUGACAAAAGCGAAAACCGUUGAGAUUUUUUCUCCCGCCCACAUUCUGUCGAUUCUGUUCUGAAACUAAUUUACAGGGUACAUUUUAGUUCCAUCUCUUCCAAGAAGUAAGAUCGUCAUAUUUCAAUAACAAAUGCUUACAAAAUUCCAGGCCAUAUCAUUCCUUUUUAUUGCACACGACUAGGUCUAUAACGAUUGGGUUUCACUCUGAACAUUCUCAAUAUACUUAGUGAAGGAAAAAAAUGAAACAAUAACCUCAGUAGUUAAGAUCUACUUAAAUACCGGAAUCUACACUUUGAAUUAGCGUAAAUUGGAAGUGAACUCGUUCUACUUCAUCUACAAAUCUAGAACUGUAAGACGGCAUCUGACAAAGUUAUGAUUAGAGCAAGAAGUGUUUCGCCAUUUUCAACCAGUAGUAAAAAUUGCUUAAAAACCGAUCUCCGCAAAUUUCUAAUAAGUGAAUAAAACCAUGAAAUCACGCUCUCUUUAUUUUACCAUACAUGCGUUCUGGAUGCAAUUAAGAGUCUGUCUUAAUUCACGAUUUAAAUUCGAACUAGAAUUUAAAAGUUUUGUAAGUCGCGAAGCACGAUUAUUUUUGAAAGAAAUCGAAUUGCCUUUGAUGAGAUAUUAAAAGGCAGAACAAUGUUCAUGAUCGAGUGGUCCGUAACUUUUGUACUCUACCUUUUAAAUUUUAGUUCAAUUUAAGUCUGAAAUAGAGACAAAUCCUAUGUGUUGAAAAUCGUUCUGAUAGUAUCGGCAGAUGCUUGAACCUACUAAAUACAUCAGGUCCCAAUUACACGAUUUACAUAAUAAGUCGAUUUUUCUCAAUUCUGGCCAACGCCAAAGAUAACAAUAAUAACGUACAAGUUUUCUUUCAAAUGAAAGUGACAUUAUUUACAAAACAGCCUUUCGCCAAAAUCUCAGUUCUCUCUCUGUAUGGCUUAAGUGUAGGCUUCAAUAAACAAAUAGUACUCGUCUAGCAGCUAUAUUAUCGAAGGCAUAUCGUUACUUCUGCAUGCCUGCUAAUGUAUAUACAAUGAAAUUAAGAACAAUUAAUUAAUUAGUCACCCACACAGCAUAGUGGGCUUUUUCUUGAAUCUGAUUUCAUCGAGAAACCAAUAAAGUCAUCCAAUCGAUGAACCAGUUUGCGACUA